AUGCCAUGCUCAGAGCCCGAUACCGGAAAACAAUUUGCCAAGAGGCCUCAAGUCGUGGUUGUCAUACGUUCCACAAUCGAUACUCAGGUCGCCAAUGCAACCGCCCGCACCACGACUCUCUCUAGUCACUGCAAGACUGUUGUGCUUGGGAUACGUCACCGGGCCACCGAGGCCAUCAACAUCACCAACACCACCUAUACCGCCGAUACCACCAACGCCACCAAUACCACAAGCACCGAGAUUCUCAGUGAAGUCGACUAG